ACACUACUACGCCAGGCGCGUGAGUCUGAACUGAAGUCACGCUGCAUCCUGUCUGCGUUACCGGCCACCGGCGGCGGAGGAGCAGAGCAGCAAGCAAGCGGCGGCGAGGCGACCAUGGAGGAGGAGCAGCUUCGCGCUCUACUCCACGACCUCGAUGCGCUCAAGCAGCGCCCCGACGACCCCGCCUCCAUCGAUCGGAUGCGAGAGCGGGUGGUGGCGAUGUUGAGCCCGGCCUCCGGCGCCGCUUCUCGAUCCAAGAUCAAGGACAUGAGUGCGGAGGUGGUGGACAGCAACCCCUACAGCAGACUUAUGGCGCUGCAGCGGAUGGGCGUUGUGGAGAAUUAUGAGCGCAUCAGGGACUACUCCGUCGCCAUUGUUGGCAUAGGUGGUGUUGGUAGUGUUGCUGCGGAGAUGCUCACUAGAUGUGGAAUUGGACGCCUCUUGUUGUAUGACUAUGACACUGUCGAGUUGGCUAACAUGAAUAGGUUGUUCUUUCGUCCAGAACAGGUUGGAAUGACCAAAACAGAUGCUGCUGUACAAACGCUUUCUGGAAUAAAUCCUGAUGUUGUGUUGGAGAGCUACUCAUUGAAUAUUACUACAGUCAAAGGAUUUGAAACAUUUUUGGAAAGCCUAAAAGCCCGUAGCUCUCAUGGGCGUAGCACUGGAGUUGAUCUUGUCUUGAGCUGUGUCGAUAACUACGAAGCUCGUAUGGUUGUAAACCAGGCAUGCAAUGAGCUUGGUCAGACGUGGAUGGAAUCUGGUGUCUCAGAAGAUGCUGUUUCUGGUCAUAUACAACUGCUGGUUCCUGGUGAAACUGCAUGUUUUGCAUGUGCUCCUCCAUUGGUAGUAGCAUCUGGCGUGGAUGAGCGUACCCUCAAGAGAGAAGGUGUUUGUGCUGCCUCUUUGCCAACUACAAUGGGUGUUGUUGCUGGUCUCCUGGUGCAGAAUGCUCUGAAAUAUCUGUUGAACUUUGGACAAGUUUCCCCAUACUUGGGGUAUAACUCACUUAAGGAUUAUUUCCCAACAAUGGAAAUGAGGCCAAAUCCGCAGUGUUCAAAUCCAGCAUGUGUUCAGAGACAGAAAGAAUAUAUGGACUCCAAACCUGCUAGAGAUGCAGCAGCAAAGGCUAAGAUGGAAGCUGAAGCAUCUGCAGCAAAUGAAUGUCCUGUUCACCUAGAUAAUGAGUGGAACAUUAGUGUUGUUGAUGAUGAAGACACAGCGACAUCAAGUAUUCGAAGCACUGCAGAUGUCCUACCAGAAGGCCUUGUCCGUGAACUCCCAGCUGCUGAUUUGUACCCAGAACCACCUGCUGCGGCGAGCUCCAGUGCUAUCGAUGAUGAUCUUGAGGAGCUCCAGCGGCAACUUGAUGCCCUAAACUCGUCUUAGUCCAGGCUGGUCCAUCUACUGUGUCUCGCCUGUUUCCCAAAAUCCCAAAUUGGACGGGAAACAGGAUUCUCAUGCUGUUGUUUGUGUCUGUUCUAACAGUCGGUAAAUUAACCAGAUAUAGCCUUUAUGCACAGCACCGUGGUACAAAAAGUGAUAGUUAUACUGUUCCUGUAUUUUGACUAACAAUUUUGGUUUAGAAAACAUGCAUUUAUGAGCCGGAGGACUCGUUGGUUAACUAAUAUCUA